CUGGAGAGACUUUGGGGCGUCCGGUGCUGUGAUUCGCCCUUCUCCUUUCCUUCUCGUCCCUUUUCCCUGUGCAGAAAAUGAAGAAGUUCUUUGGGUUCGCGAGGAAGAAGGAGCAGCCGUCGGGGUCUCGCUCUGUGGCCUCCUCCUCGCUUAGUGCCGACGUGGGUGGUGGCUACGAGCUGCGAAGCAAGGACCUCGGCAAAUUGCACCGGGCGGCGGCCGGCGGGGACCUAGAGAAACUGCAGCAGCUCGCGAAGAAACAUGACCUGAACCAGCUGGAUAAAGCCAACAGAACACCUUUGCACCUUGCCUGCGCCAAUGGAUGUACAGAUGUUGUUACUUUCUUGGUAGACAACAAAUGUAGACUAAAUCUCUGUGAUAAUGAUAACAGAUCUCCACUGAUGAAGGCUGUCCAAUGUCAGCAGGAGUUUUGUGCCAGUUAUUUGCUGCAACAUGGUGCAGACCCCAACGUAGUUGAUUUAAACAAUAACACUGCCCUUCAUUUUGCUGCCUCUAAUUCUAGUCUGUCUAUAGCAGAACAGCUGUUUGAAUAUAAUGCCAACGUUGAUGCCCAGAAUAAGGAUGGGAGCACACCUCUUUUUCUUGCAGUAGCAGGAGGUAAUCAAGAAAUGGCAGAAUUUCUUCUUAAAAAAGGAGCAUCAGUACAUGCCAGAGAGAACUCAGGAAGAACACCGCUAAUGACUGCUGCUUCUAAUGGAGAUGAUGCUUUAAUAAAUCUCCUCAUUCAGUAUGGCGCUGAUGCUUCUGAUAAAGAUACAAAUGGAUGGACAGCAGAGGAUUAUGCUGCGAUGGGUGGCUAUUCCCAAUUAAGUAAAAAAAUCCAUGGAUAUUGCAGUGCGGAAUAUGGACAAAAAUCCUCAUCUGAGAGUAGAAAAGGCCUGCUUGUCUGUAGCAGUCUAGAUAAAGAUGGAGAUAGUGGUUUGACACUGGGCGCACCUGCGACAAAUAAAGAAGUUGUAGAUGACGUAUCUGGAGAUUCAUCAAGCAAAACAAAUGAUGACAACUGGCUUUGUUCUGAAGAUGAUGAUUUAUUCAGCCCUGAGAAACCACAGAACCAACGACUGCCUGAGCUAGUGAAAGUUUGUGAGCACUUCAAGAAAUAUCUAGAUGAGAGAAGUAGCAUUAUCACGACAGACCAUACUACCAAUUCAGAGCAAAGUAAUUCAGAUUGUGAAGCUGAAGAUCUGAAUAAGUGCCUUCCUAAGCCUUUGUCCCAAGCUAAUUCCUCCCCUCAGCCUGCCCAUUCCUCACUUGGCUCCUUUUCAAAACCUGUCCAGAUGACUACUAGUUGCUUGAGCAUUAAGCAGGAAAAAUCUUCAGAGGAAUCUGAUGAUGAUAAAGGAGAUGGAAAUGAGGAAGACAGAAAAGUUUCUGUUUUGGAUAGAAAUGUGAUUUACUAUAGCAAUUCACAGAAUCAGAAUUGCUUACAAGAUGGCAGCUUUAAAAAAGCUGACCCAUUACUUCUUUUUCUUUUUCUUUUUUCAGAGUUAAUGGAAGAACUUGGUUUAGAUGAGGCAGAUGUUAAUGAAGAUGAGUCCGACUGGGAUUCGACCAGCAUUUCUCUUCAGAGUGUUCCCUGUGCUAACCCUUUGUAUCACCUUGUGCUGGAAGGUAAUGGCAGAAAUGAUGCGGCAACCGAAAAAUCAGAGCUUAUUCCUGUGGGAGUUGAAUUGCCUGAUGCUCAAACCGUAAUUCCUUUAAAAGGUGAGCAGUGUAAUGAGCAGCAAGACAUCAAAGAAAUUGAAAAUGAUGAGAACAAGGAUAAAAAUGUAGUAGAUGCACUCCUCUGUAUAGAAAAAACAUCACUUGAAAAUCAGACCGACAAGGCAGAGGUUUCAUUUGCUUGUGAGAAAAAGGAAACUGAAGCAGCAAUGUAUGUUGAAGAAUCUGAUGGUGAUUUCAGUCAGUUUGAUGCAGCUCUCUGGGAAGAAAGAUACGAAAAAAUGUGGGUUGCAAAUGAAAAAAGGGAUAUCAAAACCUGUUUUAAGAGCAUUACAGCUGAACUCAAGAAGAAGUUUGGUGAAAUUGACAUGAAUGAGGGGGGAAGCAAUAGUUACCUGCAAAAAGGACCAGAAGAUGGCUUCAGUAGUAUGUUGGAGGGCCGACCGGAAUUGCUGUCGUUCCCUGUGUCUAAAAUUACCAUUGACAUACAGGACAAGGACAAUUCUAUAAAUUUGAACUCUGUCAUUGCAGAAAAAAAAUUCAGCACAGAAGAUGUAACUUUAUAUCCCUUAAACUGUAGUUCUCAAAAGCUUUUUCCUAAGCAGUGUGGAAAUGGUCAACAAAAUGUUCCUCAAAACCAGAGAGCAGAGAAUGAGAUAUUGUCUGAAAUAGCAAAAGCAGGUGUAAGUGGACAACGAAGAGACAAUACACUUGUACAACUGGAAACAAAUACGGGAAAGAUUACAGCAUGUAUCAAAAAGCCUGCCUACACAGACAAUGCAAAAAGGCUUUUUGAUAUAACAAAAAGUGCAGUUCAGAAAAGGCUGCACCCAUUUUACAGUGGUGUUUCCAGACACAUUGCAGUCAGCAGUUAUAAAGAUGUUGAGAGUGAGAUUGGAAAGAAUGUGAAAAACUCUGAACAAACCUGCCGCCAAAUAUCAAAAGAACUGGAUAAAGAACUAGAACGUGAUGUUGUGAGAUUUAAGAAUGAGGUGGGAAUGCUGCUGACAGUGUUCCUGGCUUUGGAGAAAGAAAAGGCUCAACUACAGAAAGAGGUCGAAGUGGAAAAAGGAAAGCAGAAAUGGGAGGAAGUAGAUGCUAUUGGAAACAAUGAAAAUUCAGCUAUUGAUAAACGUUUGCCUGUGAAUACUAUUGAAAAGAAAGUGGAAGAAAAGCUUACUGUAAAUGAAAACCAGUAUAUUGAAUCAGAAGGAGAAAUGUUAGGGCAAAGCAAAGUAAAAAGCAUAAUUUCCUCAGUGAAAGGGAAGGAAAUAAUUCCAAUACCUGCCAAGAGCACAAAGAAUGUGAGAAAAAGUGAAGGCAAAAGACGAAUCUCAAAACAACGGGCCAGUCAGCAGAUCAGUGAAAAUCAACAUCAAGUAGAAGACGAUAGCAGUUUGAGUGAAACAUCUGUGGAAGAAGUGAGCACAAAGAAUGUGAGAAAAAGUGAAGGCAAAAGACGGAUCUCAAAACAACGGGCCAGUCAGCAGAUCAGUGAAAAUCAACAUCAACUAGAAGACGAUAGCAGUUUGAGUGAAACAUCUGUGGAAGAAGUGAGAAAAUCAGCAAGAACUACGAAUGGGAAGAAUAAGAUCCCCAGAACACUGGGCAUUACUAAUACUCUUGAUGACUUAACUCAGUCUUCUGAUACAGCUACAGAGGGUAUUGCUAUGCCUGCAUCAAUCACUAGAGAGACUGAGAUGUUGCUAGAACAGCUUCGUUUGGAUAACACAGAUUCUGUAAGUCUUCUGAAAAUUCAGAAAGUAUUCCAUGGAUAUGAAGGCUUAAUUGAAUGUGAAAAGGGACGUUAUGUUCAGUUGCAAGGAAAAGUUAGAAAAAUUGAGAAUGAGAAAAAGGAGCUGCAGAGAAUCCUGGAAGAAAUGAGAGAAGUUAAAUCUCUGUUGGAUCGUCAAAAAGUACAAUGGGAAAGUGAUACGAGCAGUCUCAAAUUUUCCUUGAAACAAGCGGAAGAAAAGAAGAUGAGUGCUGAAAUGCUAUAUGAGAAAAGUCAAGAACAGUUAAGGAAGAAAGAAGAACAGUACUACAAAGAGAUGGAGGAAAAACAGCAGCUAGAGUUAAUGCUGAGAAGUCUAGAAAUGGAGUUGAGAACUCUGAAAAACCACUUGAAACAGGUGGAAGAACAUCAUAAUGAAACACAGCGACAGCUCACUCAAGAACAGAAUGCUAGAGCUCUGCAAAAGGAUAUUUUGAAUACUCAUCUGUGGAGGCAAAAGGAAUUGGAAGACGAAUCAAAAAGAAUGUUGACUAAAAGCUCAGAGAUGGCUGAUCAUCAUGACCAAGAAAAGGAUCUGCUUUACAAAAAUCAAAUUCUCCAAGAUGAACUUGGUCUGUUAAGAUUAGAGCUUGACCAAGUAAGAGUUCAGCAUCAGGAAGCAGAAAGCAGAUAUUCUGAAGAAAAUGAAGCUUUAAAAGAAAAAAAUGAAGAACUUAAAAAAGAGUUGAAACUAAACGAAGAGGCUUUGACUCAAGCGGUUUUUCAGUACAAUGGACAAAUAAAUGUAACAAAAACAGAAUGCGCCAUGCUAAACUCUAAAUCAGAGCACAUGAAAGAAGAUAAAGAAAGACUGGAGGUGGAGCUUGACUCAUUUCGUUCCCGUUUGAAUUUCACCACUCAGGAACUAGAACGGGCCAAUACAUCAAAGAACGAGCUUGAACGAAAACUGCAACAAGAGCGUGAUGAGUGGGUUCGUUUAAAAGACAAAUUGAAUCACGAUCUGUUUAAUCUACAGGAGACCAACAAUAGUAUGUCUCAGCUGCUAAGCAGAACUGAAAGCAAAGCUAAUAGUCUAGAAAAUGAACUCCAUCAUGUAACACAUACACUCAGAGAAAAGAAUUUACUGAUCGAAGGUAUUCAAAGGGAUCUAAGUCAAGCUCAGUGUCAAGUGAAGGAACUUGAAAAUGCACGGCAAACGGAAAAGGAUCAAGUAAGCAAAUAUGUCGUAAAACAGGAGUCCUUGCAAGAACGUUUGGCGCAGCUCCAGAGUGAAAAUCUUUUACUUCGUCAGCAACUUGAAGAUUUUCAUAACCAGAGUAUUUUAAAAGAAAGAACAGUGAGCAGUGCUCAAGAUAGAUUUAAUGAUAUUUUUACUAAACUCAGAGCUGAUAGUGAAAAGCAAGUGCAAAUGAUAGAAGAGAGAAAUAAGGAGUUAACCACAAAAUGUAAUAAUUUAAGGGACCAAGUCAUUAAAUAUGAAAUGGAAAAAACAGAGAGAGAGGGUGCACUAAGACAACUACAGCAAGAACUGGCAGAUUCUCUUAAAAAGCAGUCCAUGUCAGAAGCUGCACUUGAAGUUACAACCCGUUAUCGUAAUCACCUAGAGGAAGAUAAACAGGAGCUUCAAAAGGAAAUUGAAAGGAUAAAAUCCAAGCUGCAAGAGUCAGAAGAACAAUAUAUCCAUUCCCAAAGGUGUAUUCAGGAUCUGAAGAAUUCUUUGGAUGCUAAGGAAAGUGAAGCAAGUGUGGUGCCUCAGAACUUACAAGACCUGCUGGUCGCAUCAUCAGGAGCAAAUGCUGCUGUGAAGCAUUUGCAAGAACAAAUACAAAGAGUUGAAAUAAAAAAUGCCAGACUGGAAGCUACAAACAAAGAGCAAACUAGCAGAAUUGAGAUACUUCAGAAAGAUCUGCAGGAAAGUGCCUCUGUUCACAGUCGUCUUGAGGAACUAAUAACUGUCUUGCAAACAACAAAAAUCCAUUUAGAGGAACAACUAAACCAUCAGGUCCAGAAACAAACUAUGCUAACAAUAACUGCCCAGGACACUUACAGCAUGUGGGAAGAAGAACUGAAGUCAAGAUCGAAACUUGGAGCUCGCCUUUCCGAGCUUGAUAGAGAGAAGACAGAGUUACUAGCUCAAUUUGACAAUGAAAAGAAGAAGGUGAAAAAAUUGGCAGAAUUAAAACGCUCAGUGGAAAUUCGGCUAGGUCAAGAAAUGAAGAGAAACAUUGAAUUACAAAAAGAAUGCAAUGGAAUUAAGAAGCUUUUAAAAACAACUAAAAAGAAAAUGAAAGAAUAUGAGAGUGGGGAGAACUCAUCUCAAACUAUCCUUUCAGGAGCAAUGAAGACCAGAUACUCAGAAAUAGACAUAGAAGUUGGAAAGCUAAAAACAAAGAUAGAAGAACUUUCUCACCAACUGGAGGUUGAGUCAACUAGGUGUACUCAAUUAGAAUCUAUAAAUUGUGAUUUGCAAGAACAGUUGACUUCUGUGAAGAUACUCCAUAAGGAUCAUGAGAAACUGGAGAAAAACAAACUGCAGCUAGAAGAUGAAGUAGCUAAUCUCAAACGUUAUGUACAGAGUAAUAUGAUGGACUACAGUCAAAGAGAACAAUACAAGAGAGAAGUUGAAGAGCGAGCUAGGCAAGAAAUCAGGCAAAAACUUGAAGAAGUCAAUUUGUUUUUGCAGACACAGGCGGCCUCACAAGAAACUUUGGAACAAAUAAGAGCUGCUAAUAAUGCGUCUGUGAAAAAUCAACUGGAAUACAGAAUUAGUGAACUGGAAUCUGAGUUGGCCAGACUAAAGAACAGUCAGCAAGACAAUAUCAUUCGUAGAGAGUCUACACAUACAGAACUGGAAAGAUACAAAGGGCUGUAUUUAGAAGAGCUGAAAAUUAGGAAGGCUUUGGGAAACAAACUGGAUCGAACUAAUGAGAAAUUAUCAGAAGCCAAUGCCAAGCUCCUUCAUGAACGACAGAGAAACAAGUCUUUACUUACCAGUGGCUUUGUAAGUGGAAGCCUUUCAGCAAAUCCAGUCUUUGAAACAGUUCCGUUUGGAAAUCUUAGUAGUAAUAUAGCAUUAAAUAGAACUCUUAGUGUUGGAGGAGGAUUCAUGAACCCAUCUGGAAAUGCAUUGUCCUCAAAAAAUAGAGUGGAAGCUUACUUGGCAAAGAUGCGAGUGGAACUAGAAAAACAUAUCACCAGAGAACUAGACCAAGCCACUGCUGAACUCGAUGUUGAAUCAGUUAGAAUCACCCCUGUGGGAUCAAUUGAUGGAUUUUCAAAAAACUUAAAUAUGGAACAAGAUGACAUCUCAAAGGCGAUGCAGCAAUACCUAGACGUGUUGAAGAAAAAUUACGUGAUUUAAAUCUGUUGUAAACUGGUAGAUAGUUUUAUGUAACUUUAUAUUGCCUGAAUACACAAGUAAAACUUGCUAUAGUUAAAAA